AUGAAACAGUCUUCAGUCCCAUCGCGCGCCGAAGUCAUGGCAGCAUGUAGGCUUAGCGGUCCUAUGGUGAAUGACAUUCUGGAUCAAGUACGGCAUAAACGUGACAGAGGCCGAAGCGAUAUUACAACAAUUUACCAUAACAUCAUGUAUACGCCAAAGGUUUAUGACUCCUUUACCGAGCAGCGAAUAAACGCUCUGCCAGUAAUAUAUAUUGUUAUAGAGCGAGUAUAUGGUGAGGUUCUUGCAGCUGAAGAGGAUGAUAUUGCGCUGGAAAAUAUCGCUGCUACUAUUCAUUAUCUUAUCUCUAGGAGCUUCCACUACUACCACAAGCAUCCUUGGGCUAUUAGCCGGGUAGAAAUCUUGCGAUUGAUUCUUCUCAAAUUAUAG